AUGGACUCCACGUUUCUGAACAUGCAGGACAAGCCCUGCGUGGAGACUGUCCACCGAAAUAUCGAGAAGGCUAUACAGACAGUCCGACAGGGCGACUGCCGUCACUGUUCUGUAGCGGUACCCGGAGGCAUGCGUGACUUCGGCGUACUCCUUAUCGACAAAAUUGAAGAAUUAAUCGCCAAGGUCGAGCUAGACCUUAAGUUUUGA